AUGCCGAUCUCACACUACGGCGUCUGGAAAGGUUUCCCCCUCUCCUACGAAGUUGACGGGCCAAACGACCGUACUCCUCAUAUCAACCUUUCCUUCAAAGAUGACGAGGAUGGAACCAUCGAGAGGAAGGCAGCAAUAAAUGUCAAAUCCCAGGGCCAACCCAACGAACUCGUCUACUGGUUCGACCGUAAUUUCUCGCACCCCCUCACGCAGGACCUCGAACGCUUAGACUACGGCUUCCACCCCAUUGAGCCCCAGAAUGACGACACACAAGAUCUUCCUCUCGACUAUAUCCGGAGUCGCAACCUGCUCCGGAUCAGUAAUGGCAGGAUCUUGCCCUAUCUCGAAAGCGGACCAGACAAUGACAUCCUCGAUCAACUCCGACCAAUUCUGGACGACGCCAUCAGCCAGCGAGCAGAUAUCUACCUAUACGGGUCGUCUUUCGGCUCUGGCAUUCAUGACGUCCAUAUGAACCAGGGUAGUGUUGGGUUCUCCAACGGCGUAGGGCAAGAUGGUGCCUUCUUCCUUCGGUUCUCGGACGGCCACUGGGAAGCGGUAUUUCUGGCCUUUGCUUCGCAGCAGAUCCCAACCGACGACAGCAAUGGGCAGCCGUUGCCUGACAGCACUUCUCUGAAGAAUAUCAUCGGGCGGCAGGGACGCGCUCGUCUCUGA